AUGUGUCAUGCUGCCGAAACUUUGGUCAUUGGACAGGAAAACUUUCUAGACAGUGAAGAUUCGUUGGACGCAGAAGACUUCUCUGACGAUGCCAUCCAGGAGGACGAAGCAUCAUCUCAAAGUGAAGAUGAUCCAGAAGGUGAGCACCUGAAGACGCCCGCUGACAGCUAUGACGAUCUCCCAGACUUUGAUGUAGGCAACCACAUCUUUGAGGAGGAAGUAGAUCCUCCUUUGAGUCCACAGGAAGACCUGCAGCUUUACCGGAAUUUCCUGGGGCACUCCAUUCAGCAAUUGCAGGACGAGCCUCUUCCGCCUGUCACUGCAGAAGAGGAGCGAGAGGUAGCGACUUCUGCUAGCAACUGCCAGAAUCCUAGUCAGGGUGAACUGGUGCUGCUAGAUGGACCUCCUGCAUCGUUUCAUCAGGUGGGAGUUUGGAAUAUGGCAGAUGAUGCUUCAGUGGUGGUAGGGAGUCGCCUACUUUGCCUUGGGAAUCAAGAACAUCCAAAGCUCACUUUGUAUCUUCAUGAUGACAGAAUGAUUUCUGACACCAUGCUUCUGGAGCAUUGGAUGGAAUGCAUCAUGGCGGGAGUUCCAGAAUUUGCGAUCUGCUUCCACCGCGAUGGAGCAGUGCAGUCAUACUCUUUGUACAAACUGUCCGAGUUGCAGAGGUUCCUGGAAGAGCGAAUGGAGCUUGGUCGACGUGUACAAAUGACGUUGGAAGUUCUGCGCUGGAUCAAGCGCCAGUGUCGAUUGGAGGGCUGCAGCUACUGGUUGUCAAAGGACAAAAAGGAUUCCUCCCUGAAGCUGAUCAAGCUCUCUGGAAAUGAGUACCCGCAGGAAGAGCGGUCGGGGGCGCUUCCUGCUUGUGGAACUGGUGCGAGUGGUUUGGUGCUGAAGAACACCUUCCUUCAUCUUCCCGAUGAGGAUGAAUCUUCGAGCUUUCGUCGUGCACUAAGUUGCCCAGCUCGCUUCCUUGGCAAUGUUGAUAUGGAGGAGGAUUUGUGCCACUUUUCACCUUUUUCUAGACGCAUAUCGACUCUCUUCUUCCGGAGGGCUGUGUCAUCUGUGCCAGGACCAGAUGCUGCCCGGUUUUUUCGACAGGUCUUGGAUUUGGAGGCAUACAGUGCUCAACAUCCCGCAAAUUCUGAUGAUGAAGAUGGACCUCCCCUGAGGCCACCAGCAAGCGUCACAGCAGGACGAGUCGCCCUGCAAGCUUGCAGCCACUUGGGACUCGCCCUAUGUGAACUGGAGAGUGAAGCCUCAAACAGUUCCGAGAACUUUGACGACGAAGACCUUCCGAGCUUUGGUUCUACCUCCGUAUCAGCGCAAGCAGCUGCAUUGUUGUCCAAGCUUCGGCAAGAUUUGCCAAGUCCUAGUCGCAGACAAUAUCGUAUGCUACCAUGGAGCAGAGAAGUGGGUCAUCUUGAAACAAGUGAAGCAGAUGCCAGCACCGCAAGCGGGCUGGUCUCACGUGCUCCACAACUCUUUGCAGCUCUUCCGCCUUGGCCGAAUUCAACUUGCACAAGUCAUCCGAGUCAUCCGAGUCAUCCGAGUCAUCCACCUCUUCAUCCACCUAGCCAACCUUCCGAUAUGUCCAAAUUGGCUCCGGCCAUGGCAGCAUUGAAUCGCUCUGGGGAUGCCUUGGACCUCCUUGGCGAGGCAAACGAUGAUGCGAAGCGGUUGGAAGUCUUGGCUCUUCCCAUUGCGGCCCUGGUUCUCCUUGAACUCGCUUCUGCCAUGCUGCGAGUGGGUGCUUCUUCGCCUAGACAACAGGCACUCAUUUGGCGAGCGCUUCUUACAGCGAGAAAGUUUGUGUUGGAUGCAGCCAGCUUGCCACGACCAGAACCGCAGCCUUUCUUCUCCAAACUUCCUUCCAAAGAGGAACUGCUGCUCCGGCUUGAGCAUUUAUCUGGACGCGCUCUCCUGUUCUUUGCGGAUGCCCAGACUGCUUUGUUUGCUGGGACUUCGACUUCUGCCAAGGAGUGCAAGAGUGUUCUAGAUGAGCUCGAACAUAGGCUUGCCAGGCUCGAGGAUUGGGCUAAGUGUUCGAAAGACUUGGAUCAGGAAGAAGAUGUGGAGUUGAGGUGGAAUCUGUUUGACGGGGAGGCACAUGGAGCACACGGAGCACAUGGCACCUGUGCAGAUCGUUGGCGGUUAAGAGCUGCAUGGCAUCUGGAACGGAGUGUGCGCUUGCUUCCAGCGCACAUCGUUGAGGCAAGAUGUCAGAGAGGAUGCAGUGCACUGCUGAAUGAGCUUAUGAUGACGGUGUCCAUCUCGCUGUCCGAAGCGGCUGUGGCAGUGGUAGCACUGGCUGAACGUGCUCAAGAUUCCGAUGCUCAUCAAGUUCCUUCCUUGGAGGCUUUGCAGCCUGCCAACGAGCACCUCUGCCGGGCAGAGGAUUUAGCAGACGCAGCCGGAUACAAGGCAGCAGCAGCCUUGGCACGAGCCAGCAGGGGACACCUUUGUGGUCUUGCAGCUGACGAGCUUGUGCAGUUGGCCCCGAAAAGAGGAAGAUCUGGAAGUACCUUGCACGAAUUGCUUGCUGAGGACGAGGUGGAAGUAAUACAGAGUCUUUGUGAUGAUGAUGACUUUCCAGAGGCUGGCGACGUGAUGGACAUCAUUGGGCGCCUGAGCGAUCUAGCUGUGUCCGAGACAUUUGCUGCCUUGAACAGUCUGGAUCCUGUUGUUGAGUCUGAUGCAGCAACCACGCUGAGCCUGAUGGCCAGUGGAGCAAUACAGGCCGCAGUUGGCAGAUUGCAGACAUUGCCGCCGCCGGAUUUGUCUUCAGAGGAGUGUGGCCGAGCACAACUUGACAUGUUGAGCCAAGCCCUUCAGACCCUUCCAGGGGAAGGCGCUGGCUGUCCAAGUUUGGGUGGAAACACGCUUUUAGAGCGGCAAGCAGAGAUCUUGGCUGCUCAAGCCUACCUGGCCAUGACGGAGGUCCACCUCCAUCUCAACGGGCUUCCAUCCGGGCCACGCUCGGGAAGGCAGAAGCCUUCGAAGCCCUCCAAGCCUUCGAAGCCCUCGAAGCCACAAUGGUCUUUGGAGAAGGGUCGAUCAGCUCUCCAUAGAGCUGCAGUGAAGGUAGAGCAUGACCCCGUGGUGAAGUUGCUGCUGGUCCAUGCCCAUCUUCUUGGCGCAGAAGUUCAAGGCCAGGAAAUCGGGCCAAAGAAGCCCGAACAUAGUCUUGAAGAACUGAUCAGUGCCAGCCGAAUUUCAGUUGACCUGAACCAAUCUGAAGGUGGCUCCGUUGCGCUCCAGGCUGCAUCAAGGGAAACCAGAGUUCUGUUGCUGGAAAGCAUGCGCACUUCACUUCGAGCCUUGUGUACAGGCAAGACCUGCAACGAAGGCUGGAAGGACCUUUAUCGCUUUGCAUUGAAAUUGCAAGCGUCCCAGUUAGAUGAAUUGAUCUUGGCCUACGACGAGCGCCACCUGCGAAAUAGCAGAGCAAGUGAUGGAGGAUGAGUUUGGUGCCAGCUUGAAGCAAGCGCGGCUCCUUAUGCUUAAUGUCCCAUACACAGUGCCAUGUACAGUUGGCGUGUUCUAGCAAACCUAGCUAGCAGUGACCUGUGGUGGAGUGAAGAAAAUA